AUGUCCUUCCCAAAGCUUAUCCCGGCCUUCACGGCUCAGAUCGUGAUUGAACCCCCCGCCAACAUCGGCACCACUGCUCGCGGCGGCACUAUGCUCUUCGUUCCCUUUGUGCCCAACAGUGGGUCUGUCAAGUCGGAAGCCUCGUAUCCGAUCCAACUGGACGCCGAGUUCGUGCACGGCGCCGAUUACGUGCGGAUGGACCCGAACGGCGAGAACGUGCGGCUGGAGAUCCACAGCGUCGGCAAGGACAAGACGACGGGUGCGCUGUUCCGGUUCAAUUACACAGGCACUGUCUCGCUGGCGGGUGCCGCGGGCAAGGUGUUUCGUGGCGAGCCGGACAUGGCGACGACAGGCUUUGGUGAUGCUUUCACCCAUCACGUCUUCGAGACCGGAAAUGAGAAGCUCUUUCCUCUGCAAAACAAGGUCUUCGUUGGAUCUGGCAGGUUCAUCAUUGAGCCCGGUAAGCCGAUUGUUGUCGAGUACAAGAUUAGCGAGGUGACUGCCUCCUAA